GCGCAGUGUAGGUGUUUUCCUUUUCAGAAACUUCCAGGAUUCAGCCUGGACUGGCAACUUUACUGCCUAGCCUACAUAAUUUGUGUGGUGUAUAUAGAUAAAACAUAGACUGUGCAAUAUGACCAUGAUUUAUUUUCCACCUUUUUCAGCAGAAACAUUGGCUCUGCUAAUUACAUUUAUCUGCUUAUUAAUUGUGUAUGGUUAUUGGCCAUAUGGUGUCUUCAAGAAACUUGGAAUUCCAGGCCCGAAGCCUUCACCAUUCUUUGGCUCUGUUUUUGAAUAUGAUAAGGGUUUGCAUCAGAUGGAUAUGAGGUGUUUCAAGACAUAUGGCAGACUUUGGGGAGUGUAUGAGGGCAGACUGCCCUUAUUAUGCACAGUGGACACAAGAAUGAUCAAAACAGUUCUGGUGAAAGAAUGCUUCUCCUACUUCAUCAACAGAAGGGAUUUCAGCUUUAACGGUCCCUUUGACGAUGCGGUCAGCAAUGCUCGAGGUGAAGACUGGAAACAAAAACGCAGUUUGCUGUCCCCUUUGUUCAGCAGUGGCCGGAUCAAGGAGAUGCUUCCAUUAAUGAAGCAACAUUCUGAUAAGUUAGUUCAAUGUCUUCAGGAGGUUGCUAACCGUGAUGAAGCUGUGGAAGUCCGAGAGUACUUUGGCGCAUAUUGUUUGGAUGCUAUUGCAAAUGUUGCCUUAAGUAUCGACACAGAGUCCCUCAGUAAACCAAAUGACCCCAGUGUUGUUAAAAUAAAGAAGGCGUUCACCUUGAACGUAGAUAAUCCAGUAUUUCUUUUCUCAGUUCUUUUUCCGUUCUUGAAUCCCCUGCUGGAGAAAGCAGGUUUUUGCAUUUUCCCGCUAGCUGAACUGAGGUUCCUCAUUUCUGUAGUUGAGAAAGUAAAGCUGGAUCGAGAAAAAAAUGUCCAAAAGAAUCGAAUGGAUUUUCUGCAACUGAUGAUAGAAUUGCAAUUAGCAGAAACCAAACAUGGUACCAAUGGAAACAAGAAAAUCAAAGGUCUGACACACCGUGAGAUCUUGUCUUCAGCAGCAAUUUUUUUGGCUGCCGGUUUUGAGACCGCUAGUAAAUCGCUUGCAUUCUUGGCGUACAACCUGGCCACCAACCCUGGAGUCAUGAAAAGAUUGCAAGAUGAGAUUGACAAAGUGUUCCCAAACAAGGCCCCUGUGAUGUAUGAGCAGCUGGUUCAGAUGGAGUACUUGGAUAUGGUUUUGAAUGAAUCUCUGAGGCUGUACCCCAUUGCUCUUCGUCUGGAACGACUGUGCACAGAGACCAUCGUUGUCAAUGGGGUGACCAUUCCAAAGGACACUCUCGUCACGAUUCCAGUGUUCGCUUUGCACCGUGACCCAGAACUUUGGCCAGAACCUGAAUGCUUCAAUCCUGAAAGGUUUAGCAAGGAAAACAAGGACAGCAUGGAUCCCUAUGCUUUUCUGCCUUUUGGUGCUGGCCCUCGGAACUGCAUUGGCAUGAGGUUUGCUGUUGCCCUCAUGAAACUUGCUAUAGUUCAGGUACUUCAGAACUUCAGCUUUGUCACAUGCAAAGAGACAGAGAUACCACUCCAGCUGGACAAAUUACCUCUUCUUGGAACUAUAAACCCAAUAAAAAUGAAAGUUGUCUCACGUGGCCCUACUAUGAAAGAAGAAUAAAACCUUGCCAGGGAGAUCUCCUGUAUAGCAGGUUUUCUGGCUUGCUUUAUUUCAACCACGCUACGAGAAAAUGAUUCAUGCAUUCAUUUUAAUUGUAUAUUUUCUUUUUAAUUAGUGGUGAAAUUAAUGUGGACUAACUAUGCAAAAUCACCAGCCACUUUAUAAUCACUGUUCACGUCAUGCAUUUGUCACUGUAUUUUCAUAUUUAUGCACGUAUUUCUUCUACUGUAGUUUUAACGAUUCUAUGAUGUGUUUAUGUUCUGAAUACAGGAGUUUUAACAGCUGAUACCCUCGUUUAAUGUUUUCCACUCUCACACAAACACAAGUGCAUCAACAGUUAAAACACCUCACUUGUUCAGCAUGUAAAAUAAAUGUAUUUGAUUUAAUUUAUUAAUUAUUAUCAAAGACAUCAAUUAUCAGUUAAAUUGCUGAAUUUGUUGAUUAGCAGAGCAACCUGUUGCUAUCAAACUUUAUCAAAACGCACAACCAGAUUAAAAAUGACGAAAUGAAUGUAUUAAAGUUUCCUUAUGUUGUUGGAAGCUGAGUUAACCACUAUGAUAUUAUUAUUUAAAAAAUCAGAUUUAGUCUCUUCAUAAACAGACCAAACAUGAAUAUGUUAGGAGGUAAUCCAGCUCAGCUAUUGAAUACCUCUAAAAAGCAUGAAAGUUUAAUUCUGCUUGCAACAGCAGAGGUGAUAUUUGUAGGCAAAUAAUUGUUAAUUAUUGUUGUUGUAAUCUCCACCUUCUGGCAAAAUAUUUUCACUGCAACAAAGCGAAAUUGGACCAUGUUGGUUUUCACUUGAAACUGGAAUUGGUCUUUAAAAGUAAUUAAAGCAAUUGCAUUUAUCUUUAUCUUCUUAUCUCAUUCAACAGCUCAAUGGCUAAAGAUUUCACUGAGCUGUUUGUAGAAUCAGGUGUGCAAAAUUAGGGUUGAAAUUAAAACCUACCGAAGAGUAGAUCUCCAGGAGCAGGGUUGGGCAGCCCUGAUCUAGAGUGUCUGGAAAGCGAAGUUUGUGACAUUAGUCUGUAUGAAUAAUCUUGUAAUUUGAUUGGUUCUAGCAAGUUGUAUCUAGUGUUGACAUGACUGGAAUUGUAAUGCACAACUGGAAUGCCAUUCUUCACAAGAUCAUGACUCAUUAGAGAAGGUAAUUUACCUUGGUUUACUAGCUGAGCCCAUGGAAAGUGUACAGACUGAUGUCUCAACCUGGCCAAGUUCAGAAUUAUGAAAUGGUACUGAUGCAAUUACAGAACUGUGGUAUUCUUCUUGCUUUCCACGGCAGAUCUUCCUUUGUAUCAACACUUAAAAAUACCACGUUGUGUGAUUUUCUAACAUAAAAUUGUAUAUAUGUGUAUACACAGGGCAUAUGCAAUUGUUGGCGUUUGAUCUUUGGUGUACACUGUUUGAAGUAUACCAAACAGAUGUAAUGUCAUGUAAUAAAUUGUUCUAAUUGUGUCUAAUUGUGUGAUUAAAUAGUUUCUUAUAUGAAUAAAAUAAACCCUUAAAAAUA